AUGCCUGAAGAAGAGGCGCAGAAGUUAGAGAGUACGGAUAGAGAGGGCAGGACGUCACGAAGUCGCCGCGACAAGCUAGCCAGCCUGACAGAACAAAACCUCAUCACUCACCCAAACGCCAUCUCAGCACGAGGUAGUUUGUCACCUCCUCACUCAUCAUCAGCAAGCAAACCACACACGCAGUCCAUCACAAAGAAGACCGCCCCACCUACCCAUCUACCCGCUCCAGCAGCUCCUAGAACCAACCGUACAAGUACAAGCCCACGAUACGUGCGUGUCCCAUCGCCAUCACACACGCAACCGCGCCCUGAAAAGCGACAGCGCCAGUACCAGCGAUCGCACCAGCACAGGCCGACGACGCACCAACUCUAUGCAUAUACACACCAAGAGCCGCAUACUACCGCUCUUACAGCGUACGCCGUCGAGGCACGAUCGCGCUACGUGCUACGUACUACGUCGCCAUGCUAG